UCCUGACGUUCAAGUUCGCAGGGACGUCACGUCCGCACUUGAACUUGCAGCUCAGGGGGGCUUUUGCCAUUUUUUUCAUCUCUCUCUCUUUCUCUCUCUCUCUCCCCCUCUAUCUCUCCUCUCUCUCUCUCUCUUUUUUUUUUUUGCUUAAAAAAAAAAAAAGCCAUGACGGCUCUCCCACAAUUCAUCUUCCCUGCGCCAUCUUUGUAUUAUUUCUAAUUUAUUUUGGAUGUCAAAAGGCACUGAUGAAGAUAUUUUCUCUGGAGUCUCCUUCUUUCUAACCCGGCUCUCCCGAUGUGAACCGAGCCGUCGUCCGCCCGCCGCCGCCGCCGCCGCCGCCGCCCGCCCCGCAGUCCACCAUGUCUCGCCGCAAGCAAGGCAAACCCCAGCACUUAAGCAAACGGGAAUUCUCGCCCGAACCUCUUGAAGCCAUUCUUACAGAUGAUGAACCAGACCACGGCCCUUUGGGAGCUCCAGAAGGGGACCAUGACCUCCUCACGUGUGGGCAGUGCCAGAUGAACUUCCCAUUGGGGGACAUUCUUAUUUUUAUCGAGCACAAACGGAAACAAUGCAAUGGCAGCCUCUGCUUAGAAAAAGCUGUGGAUAAGCCACCUUCCCCUUCACCAAUCGAGAUGAAAAAAGCAUCCAAUCCCGUGGAGGUUGGCAUCCAGGUCACGCCAGAGGAUGACGAUUGUUUAUCAACGUCAUCUAGAGGAAUUUGCCCCAAACAGGAACACAUAGCAGAUAAACUUCUGCACUGGAGGGGCCUCUCCUCCCCUCGUUCUACACACGGAGCUCUAAUCCCCACGCCCGGGAUGAGUGCAGAAUAUGCCCCGCAGGGUAUUUGUAAAGAUGAGCCCAGCAGCUACACAUGUACAACUUGCAAACAGCCAUUCACCAGUGCAUGGUUUCUCUUGCAACACGCACAGAACACUCAUGGAUUAAGAAUCUACUUAGAAAGCGAACACGGAAGUCCCCUGACCCCGCGGGUUGGUAUCCCUUCAGGACUAGGUGCAGAAUGUCCUUCCCAGCCACCUCUCCAUGGGAUUCAUAUUGCAGACAAUAACCCCUUUAACCUGCUAAGAAUACCAGGAUCAGUAUCCAGAGAGGCUUCCGGCCUGGCAGAAGGGCGCUUUCCACCCACUCCCCCCCUGUUUAGUCCACCACCGAGACAUCACUUGGACCCCCACCGCAUAGAGCGCCUGGGGGCGGAAGAGAUGGCCCUGGCCACCCAUCACCCGAGUGCCUUUGACAGGGUGCUGCGGUUGAAUCCAAUGGCUAUGGAGCCUCCCGCCAUGGAUUUCUCUAGGAGACUUAGAGAGCUGGCAGGGAACACGUCUAGCCCACCGCUGUCCCCAGGCCGGCCCAGCCCUAUGCAAAGGUUACUGCAACCAUUCCAGCCAGGUAGCAAGCCGCCCUUCCUGGCGACGCCCCCACUCCCUCCUCUGCAAUCCGCCCCUCCUCCCUCCCAGCCCCCGGUCAAGUCCAAGUCAUGUGAGUUCUGCGGCAAGACGUUCAAAUUUCAGAGCAACCUGGUGGUGCAUCGGCGCAGCCACACGGGCGAGAAGCCCUACAAGUGCAACCUGUGCGACCACGCGUGCACACAGGCCAGCAAGCUGAAGCGCCACAUGAAGACGCACAUGCACAAGUCGUCCCCCAUGACGGUCAAGUCCGACGACGGCCUCUCCACCGCCAGCUCCCCGGAACCCGGCACCAGCGACCUGGUGGGCAGCGCCAGCAGCGCGCUCAAGUCCGUGGUGGCCAAGUUCAAGAGCGAGAACGACCCCAACUUGAUCCCGGAGAAUGGGGACGAGGAGGAAGAGGAGGACGACGAGGAAGAGGAAGAAGAGGAGGAAGAGGAGGAGGAGGAGCUGACGGAGAGCGAGAGGGUGGACUACGGCUUCGGGCUGAGCCUGGAGGCGGCGCGCCACCACGAGAACAGCUCGCGGGGCGCGGUGGUGGGCGUGGGCGACGAGGGCCGUGCCCUGCCCGACGUCAUGCAGGGCAUGGUGCUCAGCUCCAUGCAGCACUUCAGCGAGGCCUUCCACCAGGUCCUGGGCGAGAAGCAUAAGCGCGGCCACCUGGCCGAGGCCGAGGGCCACAGGGACACAUGCGACGAAGACUCGGUGGCCGGCGAGUCGGACCGCAUAGACGAUGGCACUGUUAACGGCCGCGGCUGCUCCCCGGGCGAGUCGGCCUCGGGGGGCCUGUCCAAAAAGCUGCUGCUGGGCAGCCCCAGCUCGCUGAGCCCCUUCUCCAAGCGCAUCAAGCUCGAGAAGGAGUUCGACCUGCCCCCGGCCGCGAUGCCCAACACGGAGAAUGUGUACUCGCAGUGGCUCGCCGGCUACGCGGCCUCCAGGCAGCUCAAAGAUCCCUUCCUUAGCUUCGGAGACUCCAGACAAUCGCCUUUCGCCUCCUCGUCGGAGCACUCCUCGGAGAACGGAAGCUUGCGCUUCUCCACGCCGCCCGGGGAGCUGGACGGAGGGAUCUCGGGGCGCAGCGGCACGGGAAGUGGAGGGAGCACGCCCCAUAUUAGUGGUCCGGGCCCGGGCAGGCCCAGCUCAAAAGAGGGCAGACGCAGCGACACUUGUUCUUCACACACCCCCGUUCGGCGUAGUACCCAGAGAGCUCAAGAUGUGUGGCAGUUUUCGGAUGGAAGCUCGAGAGCCCUUAAGUUCUGAGAAAAUUUGAACCCCCAGGGGCGGGGUGGACGCGUGCCGCCCAGCCGACAUCUGCGUGGUCUGUCAUCCUGCUAGUUUGUGAUGUUUUCUGACAGUAGCCUCCAAGAAGCCGUUGUGCGAAGACAGAGUCCUGCAGCGUCCUUCCUGCCCGGGCCUGCAGUGCCAUUUUAUUUAUAUUUUUUAAUAAAAAGUAAAAACAAAAAAACAGACCCACAUUGGAACAGUGAAUCAGUCCCAUAUUGAGGGCCCAUGGACCAUCGCUGUCCUGAGUGCAGUCCUGGCCCUUCUGAGACCAGCCAACCUAAUUCCCCGUAUUGUGGAAAUGAGCAUGAGUCCCCCAGACCCCUUGUUUCUAUACAUUCUAUGUUGUCUUUUAAAAAGUGUGCUUAACAUUGACACAAUAAAU